CAUACGCAUCGUUGAAGUGUUCAGUAAACUUCUGCCAACGCUCUCUCUGACUAUUAGAUCUUAACGGAAGACUUUAUAAAUGUUCAAUUAUUGUCGUGUUUUGACUUUGUUCUCUCUGAGCCAUAAUUUUGAUUCUGGAUACCCAAUCGGGUCAAUUCCAUCCCUGCCUUGCCUUUAUAUUCUCUGCCUUUUGCAUUCUCUUUUCCAUUUUCGGGUUUGGUAGGUGUGCAUCGUGUCAGUUCUACCUAAUGCUUGUCUUGCGAUUUGCAUUCUUUUUGGCAUUCAGCUUUAUUCUAUUUAGUGUUUGUGAUGUUCAAAUUUACUACUAGUGUAUGUUAUGCGUGUUUUUCUUCUAAUUUGUAAAUUUUAGUUUUAAAAUUGCUCAGAAUGAAAUCUGGAUGACCCAUUAAAGUAUUUCCAGAAACUUUUGGAUUAAGACUAUGAUAUUAAAAGAGCUUGCAAUUUUGCUACUCACAACUUAUCAAAAUGGGCUAUGCAUUGGGGCAAAGAGGGUGUUACCAAUUCUUCUUAUUUAGAAGAUGGGGGUGUUGAGCAAUAAUAAGAAAUUCUUUCCCCCUUAGUUCAGGCAUUUUGUUCGGUGUUUGUUGGUUCCUAUUGUUGAAGUUUUGUUAGGCCUCUUGGACCUUUCACUAUUUCUUCGGUGUAUGUUUUCCUUGUUCCUUCUGAUGUUCUCAGUUUUGUCUCUAGUUAGGCAUGUGUAUAGCCUUUGUUUUCGUUGCAGGGUUUGGUUUUCCCAUGCCCUGUUUGUUUGGUUGAGUUGGCAUGUUUCAAUGCUUGUUUAAUAUAAUCCCUUGUAUCCCUUGCCUUUUGAGCAAGAGUCACUUCCAUCAAAAUAAAAAAACCUAAAACCUCCUCUAAUUUUAUAUUGUGCCAUGGGCUGCAUCAUUUACUAUAUUGAUUAAUAAUAGGGAGAUCAUUAAGGGAUUCAGGCAUCUUUGGUUGAUGAAGUAUAAAAUGUUACAUGAUGUAGUUUAUAUCGUAAGGGGUUUAGGGUCCUUCCAGACCAAGUGUGGUAUUUAUGUUUCGUAGGCUUCUUAACAUCCUUAACUAUGACUUUGAUAUUAGGAGUUUAUUCAUGAAAAUACAAUUAAUUCCAUUUCAUUCCAUCGAGGAGAAGUCAUAGAGUAAUUUUCAACUACAUGUUGAAGAACAUAUUAGUUGUAGAUGCUUACUAUUCUGUGCAUGGUUGGGACUUAGGAUGAUUAAACUUGAUUAAUUUUUUGUACUUUUACGUGAUUAAUUUUUUAUUUCAAAGAAGUGGAAAGAGAAUUUGCGUCUCUUCUUUUCUGAAUUACAAGUUCUUUCCUCAAAUUAAUGGUUACAAGUUUGCUCGCCUUUCUCAUUAUUUUGUACUUUUAGGUUAUCAGCCAAUGGAAUUUAGAGAUGAGAUGAGGAGAGCUUACUGCUAUAUGCUUCAAUUGAAUAUGAAAUAUUCUUUCACUUAAUGCUUUGAUUUUUGUUGUUGUUGUAUUUUUUUCUUUGUACUAGUUUCAAGACAUUAUUGCGUGAUAAAAGUGUAAUAUUGCUUAAAAGUAUCAAUCUAUUCAUCUUGUAGACUUUAGGCUUGUUUAUGGGUUUAUUUACAAUAAAUAAAGAGGAGUAUAGGCCUUUUGAGUGUAGAUUAGUUUUUAUUGUUAUAUUUACCACUUGUGGAAGAAAGUUUUUAUCAAUAGCGGAGCCACUGCAAAAGAUUGCUUCAUGUAGACUUAAGAGUGGAAAUAUUAGGAUUCAAAUUGUUUGGCAUAUUCUACAUUUACUUGUCUCCGUUCUACAUAGUGUUGGGAAUAACUUAUGUGGCAGAAAGUUAUCUUAUCUCAAGUGGGCUAUGGAAGAAAUACAAAGCCUUCAACAAUGGAAAAGUUCUGUACCUGGCCAUUAUGGUAGAAAGUUAAGAAGCUUACCAAAUUUAAAAAAUUAUCAAGCUUUUGUUGUGGCUGGAAGCUAUUGGUGUAAAGCAUAUCUGCCUUUAGGAUGCAGAAGGAUGCAAUGAACCAGAACCUGACCUCUUGUUAGUCUAUGGACCUGCAAGAUGCCACCUAGGUUUCCCUGCUUGAAGAAUUCGAUACGCUAAGAUUGUGUGAGUAGUCUUGCAAAAUGAGUCAUGAAAUUAGUUAUUUAUUUUUCUGUGAAUACCUCUAUCUUGCAUAAUUCAAUAAUUGAACUAUUAUCUAUGGAAAGAGAGUAAACUCAAUUGCUUGAUUGGUACACUGCUUCAAAUUAAGUUGAUAUGCUUAAUUGUAUUCCACUCAUUCA